UAAUGUGAAUUCAUGCACAGGUUGGAUAUUUUUUGAAGGCUUCUCCAACAGCAGCGGAGAGUCAAACCUACAGCUUUUUCUUGUGACUGAGAUGCUUCAUCUCAGCUAAAGCUAACUGUUAGCUGUUAGCUCAUCUAUUCAAAGUCAAUGAAGAACCAGUCCGCCCAGCUGCACAGCUUUUAUACAAACUUCCCGCAUUUGCUUUUAAAUGUAGUUAAAGUGUAGCAGCAAGUUUUUGUGAAUAACUCUGAGCUGCCAGCUGUAGUUUUACGCUAACAACAGAUAGCAUUAGCUUUUAGCCGCUGUCAAAUAUCUGAGGAUCUGGGAGGCGGGUCUUGCUUUCUACUGACAGCUCUACAGGCCAGUCAGCGCCCGCGGCUGGGAGGCGUGUCUUUGUUUUUAAUUGUACACGCUUUUAAUUUCAUUUCUGCCUUAUUAUACCUGGGGAAUCUGAGCUAGAACAAUAUAACUGUUCUAAAACAAAAGGAUGAAAUGUUGGCCGGGGUUCGGUACUGGUGGGGUUUGACGGCUGUCACUCAGGAAGUUGUUCUACAAACAGCUACAUCUGCUGGACGACUGCGAGAACUAAACUACAAACAUGGAUUCAAUAUUUAAAUAACGAAUAUACCAAAUAAAGAUGAAGACUCCACCAGACAGGUCGGGAAUCACCUUUGAAGUCGGUGCUCAGCUAGAGGCUCGAGAUCGGCAGAAGAACUGGUAUCCUGCUACUAUCGAGAAGAUCGACUACGACAAAGAACGGGUUCUGGUCCACUACCGCCAGUGGAGCCGUCGACACAACGAGUGGUUUCACUGGAGCUCGCCAUACCUUCGCCCACUGGAGCGCGUCAGCCUAAGGAGGCAGGGCCUGAACCCGACGCAGACUCAGCCGGUGUUUGUUCCGGGCUCCAAGGUUCUGGCCUGUUGGACGGACUGCCGCUUCUAUCCGGCAAAAAUCCUCAAAGUCAACAAAGACGAAUCCUGCACGGUUCGGUUCUAUGAUGGCGUGGUUCAGACUGUGAAGCCUACGAAGAUAAAACCUUUCCAGGAAAAGUCAAGAUCUGAGAAGAGCGCAGUUGGGAGCGAAGGAUGGGAGGAGGGGGAGAGUGAGGAGGAGGAGCAGGAGCCUGGAGGAGAGGGAGGCGAGGAGCCGCAGGAGGAGGAGGAGGAAAAGGGAGAAGAAGGGGAGACAUCAGAGGAGAAGGAAGGAGCUGAGGAGGAAGAGAGUACGAAAGCAGAACCUUCAUCUUCCCCUCCACCAGCGAAGAAGAAAACAGAAAACAACAGAAGUGAUGGAGUUCAGAAACAACCAAUCACAGCUGACUCCACCCUGGCAGCUGUUCCUAAUCCCGCCCACAUCGAUAAAGAUGUCCUGAUGGAACGUCAGGCUCACCUUCCCACCACUCACAAGUUCAGCAGAGAGCCACUCUACAGGGUGAUAAAGAACCAGCCGCCUCCUAUUCUCUCCAUCGAGCUGGACCACAACCCCUUUAAGUGUCCGGCCCCCGGCUGCUCCAAGUCAUUCAGGAAGGCCAGUCUGCUGCACUACCACAUCAAAUACUACCACUCAGACCAGCUGGACGCAGGCGGAGAGCCCGAAGCUUCCAGGAGGAAGAGGUCGUCUUCGGAAGGAGGUGAUUUCCCAUCCAGCAAGAAGGCCGACAUCCAGACCAGCAGCUGUCAGCGCAACAACAGAGAGCAGAGCAUCAUUGGAACUGAGCUGAAGAAGGACGAGAGGAAGGAGAAAGGAGAGAGGAAGCACUUCCUACGAGUCAAACUAAGGAAGAAGAAAAAGAAGAAGAAGAAGAAGAAAAGUCAGUCAGGUGGGUCAGGUGCUACAGCUGUACCUACCUGUGUUUGUCUUGUUUGCUCUGACUGCCCAGCAGGAUUCGGCAGCAGCGAAGAUGAGCCACCAGACAGACCACCCAUCACUCUGAAGCUUUCACACUCGCAUGCGGACGACGGCAGUGAUUGGUCGACACUAACAGCUGAAAGCGGGGAGGACACGUCGUGGCCUGUAGCUAUGGACACGGAUGAUGGUGAAGUGGUGAGGUGCGUGUGUGAGGUGGACGAAGAGAACGACUUUAUGAUUCAGUGUGAGUCAUGUCUCUGCUGGCAGCAUGGCACCUGUAUGGGUCUAUAUGAACACAAUGUUCCUCACAACUACAUCUGCUACUACUGCAGGCAAACCUCAGGAUGGAGGCGAGCCCAGCGGAUCCUCUCAGAACCUGAUUUUCUGAUCUCAGGUCACAUGUUUGGCCUGUCAUGUGUGAAGGAGAACUACUCGGAGAUCAACGCCUCAAAGAUUUCCCACACCAGCCACCUGUUGGACCAGACACACACCCUCCAUCAGGUCCUCAGUGGGCUGCAGCUGAAGAUCAGCUUGUUACACUCUUCCUCCCACCCUGACCUACAGCUGUGGAGGUCAACAUGGAGACAGGAAGAGGCGUUGAAGCUGACAUCAAGCCAGAAAGAUGAGCCUCCCAUCUGUUAUGUCAGCAGUGAACACUGCUACCAGAAACCAGAGGCAUCAUGGGAAACGGCUGAGGAGAAGCUGAUGAUGGGAGAUGCCAAGGAGAAGGUCACCAGCACUGUGACCCACUCAGACAGCCACCUCAUCCUCAGCAUAAAACCAGAGAACCACACGGAUGACGAAGAACCCACCCACAGACAGACGUCAGUGUCUGUGGCUCAGUGUCGGCUGAACCUCCUGGAGCACGUUGAGGUGCUCCAUCAUCAGAUCAGCGCCAGGAUGGACCUCAUCGAGCGGGAGCUGGACGUUCUGGAGUCUUGGCUGGACCACUCAGGAGAGCUGGAGCCUCCGGACCCUUUGUCCCGCCUCCCGCAGCUCAAACAGCGAAUCAGACGUCUGCUGAGUGACCUGUGCACAGUGAGGCGUCUGGCGGUCUGCCGCUGACCUCUGAUCUGGAGCGUUUGAUGAUGAUAAAGUUCAGUCCUCUGAGGGAGAAACUUUAGGAAGCGAGUUGAAAGCGUAACACUCUGUGAGUUGUUUCUGUUCUGUCCCUGCUGGAAAAACAUUUUUCUUUAAAUUGACUGAACUGGGUCCCGCAGGACUCCACGCUGUGUCCACUGGUCGGCUGCUUGACAUCAGUAACUUUAGCCGGUUACCGACACACAGAGAGGAGUUAGUUUAGUUCAAACAUGAACACAGAUCAUUUUAGAAGUCAGAUUUUGUAAUUGCACUAAUGUUAAUACAAACUGUAAUUACUCCUGUUUUGUAAUUUCAAAAGAAAAAUGAGUGUUUUAAAGUUUGUUCAAACCACAAAGUGUUUUUUUCCCAGCAGAUGUUUCUAGAAACCAGCAGCAGUUUUAUCCGUCUGAGUUUCAUUUUUAUCCCCAGAAACUUAAUUUCAUCCCGUUGAAGCCGAUGCUGUUCUGGCUGUUAAACCUGCACUCCUGGCUGAUGGCCUGCAGGGGGCGACUCCUGUCAGUACAGCAAGAUUUCUUCGUUUAUGGUUUAAUGUUCUCUUGUUACACCUGUUUUUAAUCAGAACGAUGCUCAUUCAGUGAAUAUAGGCCAGAUUUAGCGGGUCACCGGAGCAGAUGCUCCCGCUGUGUCUACUGGGACAUUUCCUGCUUACACUACAACCCACUGAGCGACAACCUCGGUACCUCUGGUCCUGUAUGAGCACACAGGUGUAAGAUCCAUCAGAACAAGACAAAUAAACCAGACAAAACUCCUGAGGUGGAGGAUCAGGAAGGAUUCUAUGUGUGGGAUUUGUAGUUCAAUUGGACUUUCUAAGGAAAGAUGGAGGAUCAUUUAACCUGAAUUAUUCCACCUGAAUCCUGUUGUUUCAUGCAGGGUUCUAUCCUUACAAAGCAAGGAGGAGCUCCUGAGGUCUGGGGUGGGCCUGUAAAGACUUGAUUACAGCAGAGUUUAUCCAGCCCUGAAGGUCUCUGGAAAAACUGUGUUUUCCAGUCAAGGAUUGGGCAUUGUAUCAGCCACCUAAUAAAUUAUGCCUGUACUGGCCUCAUAAGCACGCACUGGCCCAAUGAUCAAUGUGGGGCGUCUGGUACCGGCUCACGGCUCCUGUGGUUCUGCCAGCAGUUUGCCUCAGAGCAGGCAGCUCAGACCUCAUCAUCUGAUCCGAGGAAACUGCCCUCCAGAGCAAGAUCAGAUUUUUAUCAUAUGAAGUGUACACUUUUACUUAUUAUCUGGUAUUUGGAUUUUCCACCUCGACUUUGCCUUCUUCAAAGUAACCAAUUUGGAGAAGGCAACAUGGUAAACAUUUCCAACACCUUUUCCUUGUUUUAAAGUGAUUUUUAUUGUUAUUUUUAGCUUUUUAAGGUGCAAUAACCUGAUUACAGAAGUGUGUCAUAAACUAAGCCCACGUUGAAACACCUUUUGAUGCAAUAUUAGUUGUCAGUUCACUUUUAUUUAUAUAGCACCAAUUCACAACACAUGUCGUCUCAAGGACUUUACAAAGGUCAGGUUCAGGUCAGGUUCAUACAUAACCACUGAUCAUUAUUAACCAGUUUUUCCCAACAAGACUGAAUACAGACACUGAACCAAAAGAUGGCUCAUCAGGGUUUUAGUUUGUGCACACACUUUGUUUUUUAUUUAAAUAUAGAAAAAUGAUUCAUCACGGUCUCAUUUUUACCUCCACUCAAACACCUGACCUUUGACCAGGGCUUGGAGAGUUGCUUUAAAUACAGAAAGAAAACUGUUGAUUACUUUGCACAGAAAUUGAGACUCUUGCAAAUCUUCUUAAGUCUGAUCCCACAGUUAUUUGGUAAUAAUCUGGUAACAUCAAAGUUUACAUAAAGAUAAACUGAGGAAUAUGGAGCAUAUUAAUAAAAGCUUUAUUAAUGCAGUAAAUACUCUGAAAUCCAUAAACCCAUCCUGGUUUUGAGGAAGGCAUGAGGAACAAAAGCUUCCAAGCCUUUGCCUGUAUGCGCAAAAUGAAGCAGAUCUGCAAGUCGAUGCACCAGAUCUAUACAGAGAUGCAGGAGGCCUCAUCCAUCUCAGUUCAGUCGACUAUUACCCGCCCUAUAUCUGCAGACCUCUGGUUUUCAUUCCAGCUCUGUACCACAGAAUGAAAUGAUGCUGGAUGACCUUGAAGAAGUUGACUUGUUGCUCAUUGAGGCACUUCUAUAGGAGAUCCAACAGUAAACAUUCAGUCUGCUAAAACCAACUAAAGCCUGUUUGUAUAUCGGUAAAAUUUCAGUUCUGUGAUAUCUAUUUAAAUGAAUGCUUAUAAGUUAUAUUGAAGAAAAUGUCUAUAAUCAGCAUUGACUGCUUUUAAAGCUCCCAGCUCGGUCCCAGUCUGGUUUUAUGUUUGACUAGUUAUAUCUUAUUUAGAUCAGUGCUUUGUAAUGUUUUUUCUCUGAGGAAACAAAUUCAGUUUUCACUCUCACAGUUUUAGCAUCUUUUGAUUAUUUUAACAAAAUUCAAGCUUCUUUAUUUCAGUUUAGAGUCCAGCAAAGAAAACUGCUGGUGCUCAUUGACAUGGUUCAUGUCCCCUUUAGAGUCCUGCACUGGUUUCAGUUGGAAUACCAGCAGCUUUAAAAUGUUCAAGUGUUUAUCUGAAUGUUUUUAUGCUUGUAUAAUAAACUAACUGUAAAAACCUGUAGAUUUAUUUUGAUAGACUGCUUUGAGUCCGAGAGGGGCUGUUUUUUGAGAAAGGAAAGUAGAUUUUUCCUGGAAAAUGUAUUUUAACACUUUCUUCCACAUGUUUUCCUGCUUGUUUUGACUUGAUUAAUGUGUCCUCUCCUCAGUCAGUAGUUUAGACAUUUGAUCACCAGGACUGUGGAGCUCUAGAUGUUCCUCAUUAACUCGUUUAUCAGAGACUGAAUCAGUAAACUCGCUGACGUUUCUCUGUUAAUUUGGUUUCAAGCUGGAAGAAAGGUUGUUUUGUUUCAAACAGAGAUGUUCCGUUAAAUAAAAAUGUUAAAACAUUA